UUGGAUGACCUAGAGACUGUCUAUGGUUAGGUUACGUUAGCAUACCAUUUAUACAGUCAGUUACCAUGGUAACAAGCCUGAAGAUAUAAUGCUAACUACGUUCAUAUAAACAACGCUGAGUAACGAUGGCCAGUUAGGAUUUUCGGUUCUGUGCACCACGAUGGUAUACAAAUCGGUGCCCUAAUGAAACGCUAAUAUGCUGUGUGAAGCCCAGGUGCUAUAUAACGUUAAAGGGUUGUCCUUGUGUAAGGGAUGGGAGAGACGCCUGUGGUGAUCCUCCAGCACCAGAUGGGUGGCAGGUAGUGACGGUGCAAAAGCAAUGUUGUGCUGCCGUGUACAAUGAAGAAGAUAUUCAGCUUUACUAAGAAAAAGAAACACCCGUCCGGUACUCCUGACAAUGGGAGUGUGCUUUCUGUUGGCUAUGAACUAAAAGACAAGGACCUCGGGAAGGUUCACAAGGCUGCCUCAGUGGGUGAUUUGGCAAAGUUAAAGCAGCUUGCCAAAAAGAAUGAUAUCAAUCAACUUGACAAGGAAAACAGAACUGCACUUCAUAUUGCCUGCGCCAGUGGACAUGUUGAGGUGGUGCAGUUCCUCAUUGAGAGCAAAGCCAAGCUUAACCUAUGCGACAAUCAAAAUAGAUCCGCCUUAAUGAAGGCAGUGCAGUGCCAGCAUGAGCGCUGUGUGAGUAUACUGCUGGAGAAUCAUGCCGGGCCUAACCUUGUAGACAUCAACGGCAAUACAGCCCUACAUUUAGCAGCAAACAUCCCAUCCAUUUCCACUGCUAUCUUGCUGCUGGAGCAUGAGGCUAACAUCAAUGCACAAAAUAAGGAAGGAUUCACACCCCUGAUUGUGGCAGUCCGUGAGGACCAUAUUGAGAUGGCUGAGUUUCUCAUCAAGGCGGAAGCUGAUGUCAAUUUUGUGGACCAAGAUCAAAGGUCUCCGUUAAUGAUAGCUGCUGGCAAUGGACAAAUUGGUAUGGUGCGGCUGCUGUUGCAGUUUAAUGCCGAUAUCUCACUAAAGGAUACCAAAGGAUGGUCAGCAGAUGACUACGCAGUGAUGAAUGGGCAUCAUCCUUGUUCCCUCCUGAUCAUUGAGCACAGUACCCAGAAGAAUGAUGGACAAUCCCUAUCGCAUCAAGGUCCAAGCAAAAAGAAGAAAAAAAUGCUAUUGGGCAGUCCUUCCCAAGUUGUUGAAGCAGGCUUCUCUCUGGGUGGACCAGCUACUGACAAAGAUGAGCAUGGAGCAAAUGAAGCAGGGGGAGAUUUUGAAGACAAUUCUCAGUCGGAGUCACUAAGUCGGAUUUCAAAAAGUGCUGCGGAUGAAUGGCCUUCAUCUGAAGACGAUGAUGAAUCGAUUUUAAUCGAAAAGAAACCACAGAAGGUAAACCUAAGGAAAAUGAUUGCAUCUAAAAGGGGAGAAGCUGAUCAGGACAAAAGCAAAAACUAUGAGCAACCUUCAAGUAGUAAAACAAGAUCAGACUCUCAAGAGGGAGGACCAGAAGCCGAGGAGUCUGAGGAAGAAGGUGAAGAAGAAGAAGAGGAGGAGGAGGAGGAGGAGGAAGAAGAAGAAGAUGAUGAAGAAGACGAUGAGGAGGAGGAAGAAGAAGAAGAAGAAGAGGAGGAGGAUGAUGAAGAUGAUGAGGAGGAGGAAAGUGAAGAAGAAGAUGGGGAAGAGGAUGAAUGUGAGGAGGAGGAAGAUGAAAACUGUGUGGCUUCUGUUGAGGCCAACGCUACUGAAUUUGAAGUUGUACAAAAACCUUCAUCUGGUUCCCUUAAGAUUAUUGACAGUGCUGAUACUCAAAAUGAAACUAGGCCUGGUAUUGUAGGUGAGAAUGUAGAUGUCUCAGAGAAAGAUUCCAAAACAGAGACUCAAAACUCAAACAAUGACAUUGAUGGCCCAAUUGGAACUGUAAGUUAUGGAAUACCAACGACAUUAGAUGUAGAGGAGGAUUGUGUCGUGUCAGCCGUAAGGGUUGAAUCAAAAUUUUCUGAUGAAGAAGACAGCCUUGGGAAAGAAUGCAUAUUGCCAUCAGACCAAAACAGAAUUUCAGACGUGGAUUCAACCAUCACACCAUCCGGACAUCGCACAGUAACUUGUUCACCUGCUGAAAACAAGGAGGAAGAGUUUGAAAGAGAAAUGGAAAAGGAUGAUGAUGAUUCCUGGAGUAAUAAACAGAACAGUAGUGAGGCAGUGUGGAAUGACAGUGAUGACGAAGAGAAUAAUCAAAGAGGAGGAUAUGGUCGCAGAACAGUACUCGCUUAUCGAAUAAAUAUCGUGCCUGAGGAAGGAGUGGAAAACACAGACGGUUCCUCUGUUGCUGAAGAUGCUGGAUCAAAGAAAGAAGCAUUUAAAGAACGGAAACGCAGAUCCUCAUGGGGCUCCUCAUUAGAGGACAGUGACAAUGACCUGCCUGGAGAAGAUAAGGUAAACAGGGAGACUCUUGAUCAGAAAAGUGAUGUUCCAGCAUCAGAUUUACAACAAGAAGCAGCACCACUGCAUUUAAAAAGCACAUUUCCUCAACCAAAUGAAGACGUCAAGGACACCUCAUGGGAUUCUUCUUCACCAGUGGCACCAUCUCCAAAAUGUGUCUCACCUCAGCCAGGGCUAGAUGAACCUAUGUCCUCUUUGCAACCAGCAAAGGCAACAGUAGAUGAAUCAGAGUGGGAUUCUUCCUCUGAAAAUAAUGACCAAAAUGAUAGCCCCUUCACUAAAGGUGAAAUGCAUUCACCAAUUUCUAAAACAAAUCUUGUAACAGAAAACCAGCCUGAGAAGCAGUGUUCUGAUGGCUCUUGCAAAGAAGAAGAAGAUAAAGAAAGUAUUGAGAAAGAGUCAAAUGACCCCUCCCCUGCUGUGUCACCAGUGCCUGAGGAUGAAAAAAUAACAAGAGACCAAAUAUUAGAUAACAAUGAUGUUGAAGCAGUUGGUCAGUCAUCACAAAUGGAAGGUGAAUUGGACUCAGAGAAUGAGAAAGGCAAUGAAAGCAGUUGGGAUGAUGAAGAUGAAAGUGAUGAAUCCGAGAAGCAGAAGACAACAGCAGAAGGUAACACCUCGAAGACACGUCUUUCUACCCCAACCAAUUUGCUGUCACCAGAAUCGAGGCCCACAAGUGCAGUAGAGGGAGAAGCUGAGGUAGAUGAUCUUAAGGGAAGCAAUGAAAAGUUUCUUCAAUCUGUUACUGGUGGAAAUGAGUCUCCUGAAGAGGAAAAGCUGCUGGGGAGUAAGAAAGAUGAUCCCUGCAAAGAUGAUGAUACAAGUGAGGACUCUGACAGCAAGGACCAGAAGCUGCAGUACGAUUUUGCCAGUGCAGUCAAAGUAUCUGAUGUGGGAGAUGAUUCUGAUCACACUCUUGAUGGAUGCCUGCAUGGAGGCGACAAGUUAAAUGAUGAACAUGAGGCUAGGUUAACUUCAUAUGUUCCAUUAGAAAACAAAAGCACCGUUGUUCGGCUGACAAGAGUGUUGUCAGAUGACCUCAGUGAAGAACCAGUAAGGGAACAGAUUUUUGCUGCUGGUCAACACCAUGAUUCCGAUGUGAACUCGUUGUCCGAUGAAGUGUUACCUCAGACUGACAUUGAUGAUGUUGAGCUAGACUCGCCUGAUGAGGCAGAGAGCAUAGGCGUAAGAAGUCAAGAGCUCAGAAACAUUGAAGAGCCUGUCAUUCAGAAAGAAGAAUCCACUGCGGAUGAGGAUGAUGAUAAAGAGGAGGAGGAGGAAGAGGAGGAAGGAGACAUUUCAGAUGAAAAUUAUCAACCUGAAGAGAGUGGAGAGUCCCUUGAUGCCACUUCACCUGUUCCAGAGGCAGAAGUCUCCAAAGAUAAGAAAAGGGAUUUCCUGUCCGAGCUGGGUCUAGAGAAGGGAGAGGAAGAGCCGGAUUCUUGGGACUCUGAGUCCCACUCUGAAAACCCCAAUAUACCCCAUGAAGAGAAACAACGCCUGCAUACUCAGAAUCAAGAAGAGGCAACCAAAGUUCAAGAAGAGCUAAAAGACUUGUUUUAUAUUCCCUCUUUUUUAAGAGGAGAAGGAGGCAAUAGGAUGGCAGUGCUAGAGCCUUGGAGGAGUGUAGGCAGGCCAGGAGGAAGCCAGGGGGAGGUUGGAAACAAUAAUAAUUGUGACAAUGGAGGUGAAGAUGUUGAUAAAGAUGAUACUAUACAGAAUGAGAAGGCAAAAUGGGAACCAGUUAGUGUUUUGAGCAAACUUGAAGGCGACAAAGAUCGAAAGACAGACUUAAUGGAAGAGCUUGGUCUGGGCGAUUGUGAUGAUCUGGAAGAUGCAUCAGACUGGGACUCGGCCAGUACUACCAGUAAGAGAACCCUGCCUGGCCGCAGAAUGGCCUCUCCUGGGCUUGAGGAGUUCCCAGAAUGCUCUAGUUCAUCUGUUAAACAGCAGGAUGAAGACAUUGCCCCAGCAACACCUCUGACACCUCAGAGGAGUAUCAGCACCGACAAAAAGCCGCCCAGCACGCCCCCCCAACCUGUGCCCCAUCCCCAACCUCGAGCAAGAAAGUUGGUGUUUCAGAAACCGGAGAGUGAAGAUGAAUCAGAUUGGGAGCCAGACAAUUUGACGUCAUCUUCCAAAACAGCCAAAAUUGAGCAGCAAACCACAGCUAAGCUUCAAGCAGUGGUUAGACCAGGUUCCCCUGAGCUCUCACUGAUGGGAGGAGACAGUAAAAGUAAUGUGGAGUCUGAUGAGCAGCAGCAAAAGGAGAAAGAUGAUGCAGUAGAUACAUGUGAGUUAGAUCUUAAUAACCCAUGCCCGUCUGGCCAUGUGGCCUCUGAUGGUGGAGAAAAGGAGAAUGACUUUAGAGAGGAACAACUCAGUCCUGAAGAAAGAGGUGACCCAGGUGAUGGCAUCCCAUGGGAGAGACGUUACGAGAAGCUCUGGGUAGAGGUGGAGAAAAAGGAGGUAAAAUCCUCCUUCAAGAAUGUUGCUGGUGAACUAAAAGAGAAAUUCGGAGAACUGCUUAAAUCAAGAUUUCCUACAGAAGUCACCACAGAAGAAGAACAGCCCGUGGCUGAAUCUGAAGAGUCAAGUGAUGAAGAAGAAGAAGGGGAAGUCAUCGUGCGCCCCAUGGCCAGAGCGAGGAGUACUGUCCUUCUCACCAUACCUGAACAGAGGGAGUCUGGGCUGGAAGAUUCUGUGACUGAAUCAACUGACAAGUCUGUAUGUGAGGACAGGACGCAGGUCUUUGAACGUCCAGCUAGUGAGGGCAGUGUGUGCCGAGAGCUAGCUCUGCUCUCUGAUGAGGAGUGCACGUCUCCUUCACCACAACUGACCACUGCACAGAGACACAGCAGCAUAGAUCAUGUUACUACAGCUUCUGCUGAUGACCGUACCAUACCAGUGUCUGUUGUCGACUUGUUCUUAGAAGAUAUGGCCAAACUUGGGCCAUUCCAGAAACCAAAUCUGAACCUUACCGGGAAGGACACCACCGAUAAUCUAGAUGAAGCAGAGAAGAUCAAUGCGAGUUCAGAAGAUGAUCCUGAGGAAUUCAACGAGUCUCGUCCCCCCUCACUAAGCAGACGUUCAGCAUCUGUCCCAGGUGUUUCUGAUGAAGAGCUGGAAGAGGACAUGGAAAGGUUUAAACUUGAGGUAGGGAUGCUGAAGGUUGUCUUCCUGGAUUUGGAGAAAGAAAAGGCCCAACUCCAGAAAGAGGCUGGCAAAGAGACGACAAAGACGGCAAUGGAGGUGCAAAAAUCUAGUACUUUCUGGGAUGCUGGUGGAACGGUAUUGGAAGAAGUGGGUACUGAGAAACCUGAGACCAGGUUAGGAUGCCUGUCAAGUCAGGCUGGAGCAAUUCACCAGGAAGAGCAGCCUGUGGCCACUAAGAGCACCAACGGGGCACCAGUACAAUUGCUUCUGCCAAUCCAGCAGACCUACAGUAGCAACAAACAGGAGGGGCAAGCUGUAGAGGAUACCUUACAGCUUGAGCUGGUCAGAGGGGCCCAGCGCAGGAGAGCCCCUCAGACCAACACCCAUGCUAAUGGAGAUCCUCUCUCAGUGUUUGAUGAUAGCACUUUAAGUGAAGUGUCGGACGAUGAAGGAAGGUUUUCAACCAGCGGACAACAGAAAAACGAGAAUUGUUUGUAUAUUCAGAACCCUGAAGAAGUGGAGAUGGCAGAAGACUUUGAUGAACUCACUCAGUCAUCGGAUACAGAUGACAUCGACUCUCCCACUUCAGGCUAUCGUCAUGCAUCCCUCCUCAUUCAGAAGCUGGACUCGGCCACAUUGGACUCAAGAAGCAUGGUGAAGCUGCAGAACAUUUUCCACGAAUAUGAGCGCUCCAUUCAGAAGGCAAGGAGUCGCCAUGGUUACCUGUCAGACAAGGUGAGCCAGCUGGAAAUGGAGAGGGCAGAGUUGAAGAGCUCUCUGGAGGAAGUUAAAGAUGUUAAGUCUUGCUUGGAGCGCAAUCAGCUGGAAUUGCAGACUGAAGUCACAAACCUCAAAUUUCAGCUGAAACAGGAGCAGGAAAAUCGCCGCAACGCCACCAUGAUGUACAACACCACCAGAGAUAAGUUGAGGAGGACGGAGGAGCAGCAACAGUUAGAAGUUCAGGAGAGACAGAAGGUGGAGCUCACCCUCAGGAAUCUGGAGCUGGAGAUGCGAACACUGGUCAACAACAUGAAACAGCUUGAAGAGGACCACAGUGAGACCCAGAGACUGCUGGUUCAGGAGCGCAGUGCUCGGACACUGCAGGAGAAUCUGCUCAGCAGCCACCUCCGUAAGCAGCAAGAGAUAGAGGACGAGAACAAAAGAAACAUUAGCAGAAGCAACGAGGCCUUGUCUCAGCUCACUGAGGCCAGUGACAGGGAGAGGGAGUUGCUUCAGCAGACUGCUACCUUACAGGAGCAGCUGACCAUCCUGAGAACAGAUUUCGAGCGUCUGCAGGCCAACGGCAGUCUUAAAGAGAGUCACAUUUUGGAGGAGAAUGACGCCCUCAAGGAACAACUAGAAGAUGCUCGGCGAGAUCUCAAACUCAACAGUGAAGCCCUGACCCAAACUGUCUUCAACUGCAACAACCAGGUGACCACCCUGAAGUCCGAGUUGGCUAUAACAACGACCCGCCUGGAAAAUGAGCGGCAGGCCCGUGAAACACUGGAGACGGAGGUCGAGUCCACUCGUACCCGCCUGGCUGGAGCCGUGAAGGAGGCAGAGCUUUGCCUGGCGGCUCACACAGAUACAGAGAGAGUUCUGCUCCGAGAGAAAGAGGAACACCAGCGUCUCAAAGACAAACUCACAGGUGAAGUAGCCAGUCACCGUGAAGCAGUCAGCAGCCUGUCCCAGAAGCUGGCCAAGGCAGAGUCUCGUGCCAACAGCAUGGAGAAUGAAGUUCAUCGGGUCACACUGCAGCUGACGGAGAAAAGCCUACUGCUGGAGGCCGUACAGCGAGAGAAGGACCAGGCAAGUGUACGCGUCAAGGAGCUAGAAACGACGUUGCAUGCCGAGAGGGAGCUGGUCAGCCGCGCCGGGGCAAGGCAAGAGGCCACACAGGAGCGGCUAGCCCAAGCUCAGAGUGAGGGCAUGUUACUACGGCAACAGCUAGAGGAGGCCCAAAACAAAGGCGUUGCAAAGGAGCGUGCUGUGACAGAUGCCCAAGAGCGUUUCAGUGACAUCUUGUCCAAGCUGCGCUCUGACUGCGAAGAGAGAGUACAACUGAUGGAGGAGAGAAAUAAGGAGCUCGCCAGUAAGGCUGCUGAUCUGCGAGAUCAGAUCUACAAGUUGGAGGAAGAGAAGAGCGAAAGAGAGGCUAGUCUCAGGCAGUUGCAGCAGGAGCUAGCUGACUCACUCAAGAAGCUGUCGAUGAGCGAAGCUUCUCUGGAGGUCAACACACGCUAUCGCAAUGACCUGGAGGAGGAAAAGGCUAGACACCUCAAAGACAUGGACAGACUCAAGGGAAAGCUGGAGGAAAGCGAAGACCAGUAUGUGCAGGCUGAGAAAAGUAUUAACAGGCUAAAGAGCAUGCUUGAUGAAAGGGAAAAGGAACUCACCACUGCUGCUCAGAAACUCCAGGAGGCGCUGUCCACCUCAGGAGCUACUGAUACCACCAUCAAACAGCUGGAGGAAGCAGUGCAACGGCUGGAGAUAGAGAAUGCCAGACUGGAAGCUACUGCAAAGCAGCAAUCCAACAAAAUUGAUGCACUUCAGAAAGGAGCUCAGGAAGCUGCCAUGCUAUCUGACUGCUCACCUGGAGGAGGGGUUGGUAUUGUGGAUGUCAGAGGUCAUUUGGAGGACUUGGUUACAAACCUCCAAAGCAGUAAGAUUACUUUGGAAGACCAACUCAGUAGAGAGGUCCAGAAGCAAAGCAUGCUGUCUCACACAGCCCAGGACUCUCAGGCCUUGUGGGAGGAGGAGCUGAAGAGCCGCUCUAAAUUAGGACUGCGCCUGGCAGAGCUUGAAAAGGAAAAGGGAGAAUUGAGCACUCAGAUGGAUAUAGAAAAGAAGAAAGCCAAGAAAAUAGUGGAGCAGAAGAAGGCUGUAGACACCCGGCUGGAUCAAGAGAUUAAGAGAAACACAGAGCUUCAAAAAGAAAUGUACAGGUUGCGUAGUUUAUUAAAGACUGCAAAGAAGAAAUUGCGGGAUCAGGACGCAGGUGGAGCUGAAUUUUCCUCUCCUAUGAGCAGUCUGCGGAUGGACGUCGGCAGACACAGCCAGGCCGAGGGUGCCUUUGGACGAAUGAAAGAUAAGGUGGACGAUCUGCAGGUGCAGCUGGAGAAGGAAGCGUCCCGUCGCAGCCAGCUAGAGAAGGUGAACGGGGAUCUUAAGGAUCAGCUGGCCUCCCUGAAGAGCUUGAGCCGCAAUAAUGACCACCUGGAGAGGAGUAAGAGGCAGCUUGAGGAGGAGGUACUGGACCUGAGACGUCGAAUGGAGGCCGCUCAGGUGGAGCAGAGCCAGGUGGAGCAGUACCGCCGUGACACAGAGGAUAGGGCCCGCCAGGAGAUACAACAGAAACUGGAGCAGGUCAACAUCUUCCUGCAGUCCCAGGCAGCAUCCCAAGAAGCACUGGAUCAGAUUAAAGCAACCAAUGAGGCCAACCUGCGCUCCCAGCUGGAGCACAAGAUCCGGGAGAUGGAGGAGGAACUGGGCCGGGCCCGCAACACCCAGCAGGACAGCCUCAACCAAAGAGAAUCCACACGCACAGAGCUAGAACGAUACCGCCAACUCUACACGGAGGAGCUGCGCCUCCGCAAAUCCCUGGCUGCCAAACUAGAGAGGGCCAACAGUCGGCUCUCAGAAGCCAAUUCCAAGUUGCUCAACGAGCGUAGCAGGUCUCUGAUCACCAGCAGCAUCCCAAACGGUAGCCUCGCAGGGCCCUCGCUGGACGUGGGCUCUUUGGCUUCACCAGCACACUACGGGGCCACACUGGGGCCCCUCAACAGGAGCCUAGGCCUGGGACUUUCCCUCCUCAGCCCAGUCACUGAGGGCCAGAACAGCAGGGUUGAGGACUACCUAGCCAAGAUGCAGAGUGAGUUGGAUAGAAACAUAUCAAAGGAAUUAAACCACGGCGCAGCAGAGCUGGACGUCGCUUCAGCCCGUAUGUCACCAGUGGGCUCUGCCUCGAGGGUGGAGCUGGACCCCGUCAGCAGGGCCACGCAGCAGUACCUGGAGGUACUAAAGAAGAACAAUAUGAUCUGAACACACACCACAGCUGCUUGUAGUCAAACAGAUUUCAUCCAUUAAAAAAACUUGCAUAAACACUAAGGCCAAAGCCACUGCCUAGUCAUUUAACACCAAGAACAUAAUGCACAUUGCACUUAACCACUCAGGAGCAAAGGGCAUGAGUCAUAUAUAUGUUGGGUACAGUUAGCGAGAACCUCGAAAGUAUUUGUUCCUCCUUACCAAUUCUGUUCCAUUUGUAAUUGAUUUGUUUUUAUUAGCACAAUAUAUAUAUAAAUAUAUAUACAGAAUUGUGGUUUGGAUUUUUAUUUGUGAAUAUUGGUGUUGUUACAUUUUGAAUUUCUAAGUAUUUGAUGUACGGUAUGCAUCAUCAUUAAUGUUGCCAAGAUAUUCAAUUUGGUACGUGCCAUCAAAUGGUGCAAUAUCUGUCUUGGUCUUACUUUGUUAGACUCAUUAGAGUAUUGUGGUUAUAAUUCUUUUAUUUAUUCUUUUUUGUAAUGAACAUGAUAUACUUGAAUAAGACGAGCCAGAAUCCUCUCUGGCUAAUGAAACAGGGUGACCACAUUUGUACAACUGUCAUUACAGCUUUUGGUUGGCUUGUUUUUAGUGCAUCAAAAGUGAAACACACUUGUUUGGUGUUUUUAUUUUUUUCAUUAUUCAUGAAUACUGUAACAGAAUACAUAUAGGAAAGCAUUUAUGACGCCUGUACAUUACAGAAGAUUCUAAAGUUGUAAAUAAAACCGUAGAAAUACCCUCAA